AUGAGUGGCGAUCUUACCGGCUUCUUCUACGGCACGCUGAUGGCGCCCGAAGUCUUCUUCAGCGUGUGCUACGGCACCAAGGCCCCGCCGGCGGCCAUCCAGGCGCUGCACAGCUUCACGCCCGCGGUGCUCCACGACUUUUGCCGGCACCGGGUGCAGUACGCCGACUACCCGGGCAUCAUCCCGGAGAGCGGCCACUCGGUCCGCGGCGUCUACGUGACGGGGCUGACGUCAGCCAACAUGAAGCGGCUAGACGACUACGAGGGGAGCGAGUACCGGCUGGACACGGUCCGUGUGCGGCUGGACCGCGGCGGCGAAGGCGGCGGCGGUGCGGAGGCGCAGGACGGAGAGGAGGAGGUCGAUACCAAGACGUACGUCUACCUGCGCCCAAAGGAGCUGGAGAUGAGGGAGUGGGAUUUUGAGGAGUUUAAGAGGGACAGGAUGAAGCUGUGGACGCGCAACGGAUACUGUGAGGGAGACAUCAAGGAGUGA